GUGGGGCUUCCGAGGCCGGCUCGGCUGGGACCGGGCGCUCGCGGUCAGCUGACCCGCCGCCAUCUUGUCCGCCAUUUGCAAGUGGCCCGGAGCAAGAUCGCGGCACCUGCCGAGCGGGUUGCCAGCUCUGCGGCGGUCUUUGGACCCCGCCGCCGCCCUGGCCUGGGAGCCUGCCCCGCCGCAGCAGCCGGCAGCGCAGCGCUCCGCGGGCGGCAGGCGCGGGCCCCAGGCCCCCUCACGGCGCCCAGCCGCGGGCCUCCCGGGGCAAAAGCCCGUGGGCCGCCGCGAUGGCCCUCAAGAUGGUGAAGGGCAGCAUCGACCGCAUGUUCGACAAGAAUCUGCAGGACUUGGUCCGCGGCAUCCGUAACCACAAGGAGGACGAGGCAAAAUACAUCUCUCAGUGCAUCGAUGAGAUCAAGCAGGAGCUGAAGCAGGACAACAUCGCGGUGAAGGCGAACGCGGUCUGCAAGCUGACGUAUUUACAGAUGUUGGGAUACGACAUCAGCUGGGCCGCCUUCAACAUCAUAGAAGUGAUGAGUGCCUCCAAGUUCACCUUCAAGCGAAUCGGCUACCUCGCUGCUUCCCAGAGCUUUCACGAAGGCACCGACGUCAUCAUGCUGACCACCAAUCAGAUCCGUAAGGACCUGAGCAGCCCCAGCCAGUACGACACAGGCGUUGCACUGACGGGUCUGUCCUGCUUCGUCACCCCAGACCUUGCCAGAGACCUGGCAAAUGACAUCAUGACACUGAUGUCGCACACCAAGCCCUACAUCAGGAAGAAGGCCGUGCUGAUCAUGUACAAGGUGUUCCUGAAGUACCCUGAGUCGCUGCGUCCCGCCUUUCCCCGGCUGAAGGAGAAGCUGGAGGACCCCGACCCUGGGGUUCAGUCGGCUGCUGUCAACGUCAUCUGCGAGCUGGCCAGACGGAACCCUAAGAACUACCUGUCCCUGGCCCCACUCUUCUUCAAGCUGAUGACGUCCUCCACCAACAACUGGGUCCUCAUCAAGAUCAUCAAGCUGUUUGGUGCUCUGACUCCUUUGGAGCCACGGCUGGGCAAGAAGCUCAUUGAGCCCCUUACCAACCUCAUCCACAGCACGUCUGCCAUGUCCCUCCUCUACGAAUGUGUGAACACCGUGAUUGCAGUGCUCAUCUCCUUGUCUUCCGGCAUGCCCAACCACAGCGCCAGCAUCCAGCUUUGUGUUCAGAAGUUAAGGAUAUUGAUCGAGGACUCUGAUCAGAACUUGAAGUACCUGGGGCUGCUGGCCAUGUCCAAGAUCCUGAAGACCCACCCUAAGUCCGUGCAGUCCCACAAGGACCUCAUCCUGCAGUGCCUGGAUGACAAGGACGAGUCCAUCCGGCUGCGGGCCCUCGACCUACUGUAUGGGAUGGUGUCCAAGAAGAACCUGAUGGAGAUCGUGAAGAAGCUGAUGACCCACGUGGACAAGGCAGAGGGCACCACCUACCGAGACGAGCUGCUCACCAAGAUCAUCGACAUCUGCAGCCAGUCCAACUACCAGUACAUCACCAACUUCGAGUGGUACAUCAGCAUCCUGGUGGAGCUGACCCGGCUGGAGGGCACGCGGCACGGCCACCUCAUCGCCGCCCAAAUGCUGGACGUGGCCAUCCGUGUGAAGGCCAUCCGCAAGUUCGCCGUCUCCCAGAUGUCCGCACUGCUCGACAGUGCACACCUGCUGGCCAGCAGCACCCAGCGGAACGGGAUCUGUGAGGUGCUCUAUGCUGCCGCCUGGAUCUGCGGGGAGUUCUCAGAGCAUCUGCAGGAACCGCACCACACUCUGGAGGCCAUGCUGCGGCCCAAAGUCACCACGCUGCCAGGCCACAUCCAGGCCGUGUAUGUGCAGAACGUGGUCAAGCUGUACGCCAACAUCCUGCAGCAGAAGGAGCAGGCCGGGGAGGCAGAGGGCGCCCAGGCCGUCACCCAGCUCAUGGUGGACCGACUGCCCCAGUUUGUGCAGAGCGCAGACCUGGAGGUGCAGGAGCGGGCGUCCUGCAUUCUGCAGCUGGUCAAGCACAUCCAGAAGCUUCAGGCCAAGGACGUGCCUGUGGCGGAGGAGGUCAGCGCUCUCUUUGCUGGGGAGCUGAACCCAGUGGCCCCCAAGGCCCAGAAGAAGGUUCCAGUUCCUGAAGGCCUGGACCUGGACGCCUGGAUCAAUGAGCCACUCUCGGACAGCGAGUCAGAGGACGAGAGGCCCAGGGCCGUCUUCCACGAGGAGGAGCAGCGGCGACCCAAGCACCGGCCGUCCGAGGCGGACGAGGAGGAGCUGGCUCGGCGCCGAGAGGCCCGGAAGCAGGAGCAGGCCAACAACCCCUUCUACAUCAAGAGCUCGCCGUCACCACAGAAGCGGUACCAGGACACCCCGGGCGUGGAGCACAUUCCCGUGGUGCAGAUCGAUCUCUCCGUCCCGUUGAAGGUUCCAGGGCUGCCCAUGUCGGACCAGUACGUGAAGCUGGAGGAGGAGCGGCGGCACCGGCAGAAGCUGGAGAAGGACAAGAGGAGGAAAAAGAGGAAGGAGAAGGAGAAGAAGGGCAAGCGCCGCCACAGCUCGCUGCCCACGGAGAGCGACGAGGACAUUGCCCCUGCCCAGCAGGUGGACAUUGUCACGGAGGAGAUGCCUGAGAACGCUCUGCCCAGCGAUGAGGAUGACAAAGACCCCAAUGAUCCCUACAGGGCUCUGGACAUUGACCUGGAUAAGCCCUUAGCUGACAGCGAGAAGCUGCCUGUUCAGAAACACAGAAACGCCGAGACCUCAAAAUCCCCCGAGAAGGAUGUUCCCAUGGUGGAAAAGAAAAGCAAGAAACCCAAGAAGAAAGAGAAAAAGCACAAAGAGAAAGAGAGAGACAAGGAGAAGAAGAGGGAGAAGGAGAAGAAGGCUGAGGACCUGGACUUCUGGCUGUCUACCACCCCACCACCUGCCCCCGUCCCCGCCCCCGCCCCAUCCACGCAGGAGCUCAGUGUGGACGCCAUCACUACCCCGAAGGACGAGUGUGAGGACGCCAAGACGGAGGCGCAGGACGAGGAGGGCAAUGCUGAGGGGCAAGACCAGGACAAGAAAUCUCCCAAGCAUAAGAAGAAGAAGCACAAGAAGGAGAAGGAGGAGCGGACCAAAGGCAAGAAGAAGUCCAAGAAGCAGCCUCUGGGCAGCGAGGAGGCGGCGGGGGAGCCGGUGCAGAACGGCGCAGCAGAGGAGGAGCCGCUCCCGCCUGAGUCCAGCUACUCCCUCCUCGCUGAAAAUUCUUAUGUUAAAAUGACCUGUGACAUCCGGGGCAGUGUGCAGGAGGACAGCCAGGUCACCGUGGCCAUCGUGCUGGAGAACCGGAGCAGCAGCAUCCUCAAGGGCAUGGAGCUCAGCGUGCUGGACUCCCUCAAUGCCAGGAUGGCCCGGCCGCAGGGCUCCUCCGUCCAUGAUGGCGUCCCCGUGCCUUUCCAGCUGCCCCCGGGCGUCUCCAACGAAGCCCAGUAUGUGUUCACCAUCCAGAGCAUUGUCAUGGCACAGAAGCUCAAGGGAACCCUGUCCUUCAUUGCCAAGAAUGACGAGGGCGCAACCCACGAGAAGCUGGACUUCCGGCUGCACUUCACCUGCAGCUCCUACCUGACGACCACGCCCUGCUACAGUGACGCCUUUGCCAAGUUGCUGGAGUCUGGGGACUUGAGCAUGAGCUCAGUCAAAGUCGAUGGCAUUCGGAUGUCCUUCCAGAACCUUCUGGCGAAGAUCUGUUUUCACCACCAUUUUUCUGUUGUGGAGCGAGUGGACUCCUGCGCCUCCAUGUACAGCCGCUCCAUCCAGGGCCACCACAUCUGUCUCCUGGUGAAAAAGGUGAGCCUUCGGCCGCUGCACACACCCUGGCUCCCCCUCUCCUGGGGUCACGCCCAGGCCUUCGUCCUGGUGAGCCUUGGGACUUCGAGGGCUCGAGGACAGUGAUGGCAGCACCGCGGCUGUGAGCCCCUCACCUGCGCCAGCGCCACUCAGCAGCGCAGACCUUCCCUCAGCAAUACGGGGCUUCUGCCUCCUGCUGUGCUGCUCACCCCAGGCUGACACAUGGCUCUGGGGGCCCCCACUCCCACUGCUCCUGCCCCCCACCCCACCUCUGUGCACAAGGCAGCCAAGGCCCUGGGGUCAGACUCUCCACCUGUCACUGCUGAGCUUCCAGAAUGACUCCUCGCUCCCUCCGCUCCGGGCGGCCUCCUCAGUAUUGCAGGGUGGUUGUCUUCACAGUGUGUCGACUGCCAAACGCGGUGUGUGACUGUUUUGUUGAGGGCUUUCGUGUCUGUAUAUGAGGAGUUGGGUCUUUAGUUUUCUUUUCUGGUACCACCUUUGGUUUUGUCAUCCAGUGACCUCAUCAGAGACACAGGAGAAUGUG